UAGUUUCAUUUCCUCUGAGAAGAAGAAAACUAAAAAAAAAAAAGAAUAAUAAUAAAAAUGAAGCCGGUGUUAGCGAGAAGAACAUGACUACAUAUUCAGGUAAAUACAUGCACAGUUACAAACACAAACACAAACGUUAACAAAACAAAGAUGCAUUCGACCAAGAGUAGUACCAAAGAAAUCGAACGACGCUACCAAAACUACCGAAAGAAGAGAAAGUGUCCUUGCGACGUGGCUGUGGUUCCUACCAUGGAAGAAUCCCGCGUCACCGGAGACGACAAGUGCAUCAAGGUGCCCGCCGCCUCAGCCUCAGCCUCAGCCUCAGCCUCAGCAUCACACGGUUUCAUAUCGGUCAUCGGGCGGCGGCGCGUCAUGGAGGACGCCGUCAAGGUGGUUCCGGGCUUGGUGGCGGCGGAGCAGAGUUGCGGCGGUUACGACUUCUUCGCGGUUUACGACGGGCACGGUGGGACGUGGGUGGCGAACUCUUGCCGCGACAGGCUGCACUUGCUGGUGGCGGAGGAAGUGAGGGAGAGCGCCGAGAAGGGGUUGGAUUGGUGUGAGGUCAUGUGUGAGUGUUUCAAUAAGAUGGACCGUGAAAUCGGAGUUGGCGGCGGUGAUGGUGACGCUGACGGCGGCGGGAACACCAUGGGGUCGACAGCGUCGGUGGUGGUGGUCGGGAAGGAGGAGAUAGUGGUGGCCAAUUGUGGUGACUCGAGAGCGGUUUUGUGCCGUGGCGGUGUAGCUGUGCCACUUUCACGUGAUCAUAAGCCUGAUCGUCCAGAUGAAAAAGAGAGGAUAGAAGCAGCAGGUGGGAGAGUGAUUGAUUGGAAUGGAAAUCGUGUUUUGGGAGUACUUGCUACUUCGAGAUCCAUAGGGGAUCACUGCAUGAAGCCUUUUGUGAUAUGUCAACCAGAGACUUCGGUGUACGAAAGAAGAGAUUCAGAUGAGUUUAUUGUGGUGGCGAGUGAUGGGCUAUGGGAUGUGGUGUCUAACAAGUUUGUUUGCGAGGUCGUAAGAAACUGUCUCCAUGGCCAAAUGAAGAGGAGCUUAAAAGAGGACUCAAUCAUAAGCUAUGCCACAGAAGCUGCUGCCAUGUUAGCAGAGUUGGCUAUGGCUCGUGGAAGCAAAGACAACAUCAGUGUCAUUGUUAUUCAGCUCAACACUGCUACAACUUGAUUCAUCCAAUGCUUCCAAUUUUUAUUUUAUUUUAUUUCAGUGCGGGGAAUCUUCUUACUAAUUCUCUACACCACAAAUAUGUUUUUAUAAGCUCAUCUAUAUAUAGCGCUGAAACUUCCACCUUCUCUAUCCCGCUAAUGCUUUCUAUCCAAAAUAAUAUGAAAGGCAUAGGGAUUUCAAUUUUCUUACACAAAGUCGCUUGUUUCUUCAAAUUGGGAAAUCUGUAAUGGGAAUACUUAUGUUUCUUAACAAUAAAAUAA